AUAAGUGGGAAUGAGCGAUGAUGAUUCUCAAAUAAUUGUGGGCAACAGCAACUAUUCUUGGGCCGCCUUCGCGCGAAUGAAAAUCGUUUUCUGAAGUGGUGCCAUUUUCAUCCCACCAGAUGGCGCCAUUUACAUUCUGAUAAUGGCCACUGAAACUGUAUCUGCUACGAAUGUGGUGAGACCUGAAGUGACCGUCUAUAAUUUUCUGUUCAAACACGGGGAUGGUAUUCCUCUGCUAUUAUAAUUUCCUUUAAUGGCACUAUAUAUGCAGUAUUGCUUCAGUGGUAGGCUAGCUGCACAGUGAUUAGUGAGAACCUGAGGAUAUAAAGACGAAAACUCUACGAUUGAAACUACUGUAUAUUAAAUGUAAAGAAAACUGUGGAUGAGGAUGACAUCGGGAUAGUCAUUAAAUUUUGUAGCUGACUGGUCACUCCUGAAAGGAAUAAACAUAUCUGGUGCAAAAUCCGAAAAAUAGCUAAAUGAUGGCUUAUAAUGAACCGAACUGGAUUCUUGUAAAACUUUGCUGUGGAGACCUGACGAUCCAUGUAAAGGCGGCCGGAGGGCAGUUUGGAAGGCCUCAGGUGUCGCUCAGACGGACCCGGCUCUGCACCCCUGUACUUCAGACUCCUCCGCUCCAAGGGCGAUGACAGGCUGUACACAGAGGCAGCCAGCGAUGCUGCUCCCUCCUCCCAAUCUGUACAAAAGCUGCAUUCAUCCUUACCAUCCUGGCGCUCAGGAGACCACCCCCCCCCCAGACGCACAUCUCACGGGCUUUGCGCGCUAGUCCGCCUGUGAGGAUACAGCCUCCCAUCCCGGAGAUACUGAGUUGCUACAAUGAGCGCCGUGGCUUUGGUCCUGCUGCUUUUCACCGUCGUGUGCGGUCAGCGUCACAGGCCCAGCUUUCCAUGUGGGGGGAAUUUCACCGAUGACUCCGGGGUUAUCGGCAGCCAGGGUUACCCGGGGGUGUACCCGGCCAACAGCAAGUGCGUCUGGAGGAUCACGGUCCCUGAGGGGAAGGUGGUCGUCCUCUCAUUCCGCUUCCUCGACCUGGAGAGUGACACCUUGUGCCGCUAUGACUUUGUGGAUGUGUACAGCGGACAGUCUCCAGGCCACCGGCUCGGGCGCUUCUGCGGGACGCACCCUCCAGGGGCCCUCGUCUCCACGGGCAACAAGAUGGUCGUGCAGAUGGUGUCUGACGCCAACACGGCCGGCAGCGGCUUCCUGGCUGUGUACUCGGCAGCCAAGCCUCACAAGCAAGGAGAAUGACUGGAAUUGUCGGGAAUUUUGGAAAGGAGAGCAGUAUUGCGGGGGCCGCCUGGAGAAACCGGCAGGGUCCUUCAAGACCCCCAACUGGCCAGAGAAGGACUACCCAGCCGGUGUCAGCUGCUUCUGGCACAUCGUGGCCCCCAGGAAUCAGAUCAUCGAAGUGAAGUUCGAGAAAUUUGAUGUGGAAAGAGACAACUACUGUCGCUAUGACUACGUGGCCAUUUUCAAUGGGGCGGAAAUCAACGAUGCCAAGAGGAUCGGGAAAUACUGCGGCGAUAGCCCUCCGGCCCCUGUCUUCUCUAAUGGGAACCAGCUCUUCAUUCAGUUCCUCUCUGACCUGAGUCUCACAGCAGAUGGCUUCAUCGGCCAUUACAAAUUCAGGCCCAAGAAAUUCUCCACUACCACCGUGGCCCCCACCACAACGAGUCCCCUGGUCAUGACCAGAGCCACAAGUAGGUGUCUUCAUCCUGCUCACUGCUGCUGGUUUUACAGCCGUGGUGAGGAUUUGAGCACGACGACCGGACAAUCAGAUCUGAAGUACUCAGCAGCGCUGUGCCAACCGAGGUGUGAGCAGAGCGGUGCCCUCGAGUGGCAUUACUGCUCCAGCGAUUUCGUGAUAACAGGCACGGUCAUCUCCACUGUGACUCGGGGAGGCAGUGUCCACGCCAGCAUCUCCAUCAUCAGUGUCUACAAGGAGGGGAAGCUCUCCAUUCAACAGGCGGGCAAGUCGCUGAGCACCAAGAUCAUCAUUCUGUGCAAGAAAUGCCCCUUCAUCAGGCGAGUCCAUGGUUGUUGGGUCUCGCCAGGUCUCAGCUACGUCUUCAUGGGCCAGGCCGACGCGCAGGGCCGCGGCAAAGUGGCGCCGCACCACUUCAUCGGGGUCAUCAAACCCAGCACUCAGAAAAGCCUAAACACACUCAGGAACAAGCGAUGCUGAGCUGUCAUCAAUUCGCUGCAGGCCGUGACGCUCCCUCUGCAUGAAGCCUAUCGGAGACUGUUUGGACAAGCCGUAAUGGUGUCCACCAACAUGUCGAAAAGCGUCCUUCUUGCUUGUGCUGCGUGUAAUGGAGGGAGCAGGACCUUUUCCCUGUGGCUGCAUAAAGUGCAAUAUUUAAAAAAAAAAAACACAGUGUCCUCUGUUUGGCUGUUCUGUAAAUGACUGGGUCUGAUUCUGUCCCGUGGGAGAUUGGCCUUGUUAUGUGUAUCUUUGCCUAAAUAUAAUUGCCUAUUUAAAGCAA